AAUUUCCAAAUGUUUAAUAAAAUAUAAUUAAAAUAUAUACAAUAGAUGCUGUUUUCUUUUCACAAGACUUUUUCCUUUUGGAAAUAACAAGUAUUUAUAUAUCCAUUCUUAGAAGCUAAGUUCCACAAGAAAAUUGUCGUGUCUUGUGGAAGGAAAGAAGAAGAAGAAGAAGAAGAAGAAGAAGAAGAAGAAGAAGAAGAAGAAGAAGAAGAAGAAGAAGAAGAAGAAGAAGAAGAAGAAGAACAGAGUGACAUUUUAGAGAGAGAAUUUUAAAAAACAAAUUAAAAAUGGUGAGAGCUCCUUGUUGUGAGAAAUUAGGACUCAAAAAAGGGCCAUGGACAACUGAAGAAGAUGAAAUUUUGAUCUCUUAUAUCAAUAAACAUGGUCAUAGCAACUGGCGUGCUCUUCCAAAGCUUGCUGGCCUUUUGCGAUGUGGGAAGAGUUGCAGACUUCGAUGGAUAAACUACUUGAGGCCUGAUAUUAAAAGAGGAAAUUUCACUCCAGAGGAACAGAAUACCGUUCUUCACCUCCAUGAAAAACUUGGGAAUAGAUGGUCAGCCAUUGCGGCGCAAUUACCGGGGCGAACGGAUAACGAAAUCAAGAACUUUUGGCACACCCAUUUGAAGAAACGGGUCGUGAACAAACAAGGCCAUGUUUAUGAAAAACAGAAGUCAGCCGACGAUUCUGUCAUUGUUGAACAACCCAAAUCCAAACCCCAGAAGCUGGAUUGCUCUAACCAUUAUGAAUUCCCAUCUUAUUCCUUCGAUCUUUCACCAUUUAUAGAUUCUCCAACCGGCUACAAAGAAAUCGAGAACGAACAACACGUUGAAGUCUUUGAAGCAUUUCAUCAAACAUGUGGUGGGCAUUGGCCAGAGGAGCCGUCGGCUGAGAAUUUCAAUGGGCCAGUAUUCAACUCGUCGGUAGUCAAUGAUGAGGAACAACACCAACCGCCGUUCAGAGCCAUGGAUUCAGUUGAAUUUGGGUGUUAUUACAACAAUGGCGCUAAAAUGGACGAUAGUAUGGAGUUUUGGUAUAGGGUUUUCGUUAAAGCUGGUGGGUCGCCAAAUGGCCCUGCAUUUUAAUUUUACAGGAAGGGUAAAGUCUGAAAAUAUUUACAUUCCCUUUCCCUUUGAAAUUGGUGAGAUGCGGAAUGGUUCUAUAUUGGAUAUUGGUGUAAAUUGUGAAUUAGAUAAGGAUUGGAGGGUAUAAUAGGAAACCAAAAAAAGCCUUUUGCCAGCCAUUAAUCUUUUUAGUCUACGGUCAAUGACUAGCUAUAUUCAAAGGAGAAGGAACUGUCAUUAGGAUAAAUUUGGAUUUUCCCUUUUUUAAAAAAAAAAAAAUAAUUAAAUUAAAAAAAUAAGAAUAAUAACAAUAAUAAGAGGAGGAAGAAAAAUGAAGAAGAAAAUAAAUUGGAUGUUAAUAUUAGAAAAUGCCCAACAAACCAAUCAUCCCUAAACUAAACUCACUUUAAUCGCUUAACAUAUGCUUGAUCAUGUCAAAAAAUUUAGUGGAAAUAGUUAAAAAUUAAUUAAUUUUUUAAAGUUGUUGAUAGUAAAAUCAGAUCAAGUAAAUUCACUUAAUUGUCAUGUGUCGC